UAGACACUACAUGAAGUUAUGUGGAAUUGGAGAGAUUCACAAAGCCCCUCUUCCAGGAGAGAAUGUCUUUCAUAAAUGGAGAAUUGCUUCUGGUUUUCAAAGAACAUUGAUAUUGUGGCAGAGCCAUAGCUGCACUUCCUGCUAUUUUCGGUGAUUCACAGACCAUCUGAACAGUGAUGCUAACCUUGGACUUACAGAUUUUCAGCCUGAUAUCUUGUUUAUUUCUUUGGGGCAGAAAAGCUUGCAUUAAUUGCUCUCCAUGGUGGCCAGUCUUUUCAAGAGCCUGAUUUUACCUUACAUACAUAAGCUUUGCAAAGGAAUGUUUACAAAGAAACUGGGACUUUCAACCAAAAAAAAAGAGAAUUAUCAGCAGAAAAAGGACCAAGACUUUCCUACUGGUGGCCAGACCAAACACCCCAAAUUUUCAAGUACCUUGAAAAGCACUGUAAAGAAGAUUGCAAAGUGUUCAUCUGCUCGAAACUUAUCCACUGAAGAAGCCGAGGCUAAUAGAGAAUUUUCCCUCUCACCAACUUUCAGUUACCGAGCAGCUAUUGCCAAUGGCCUACAAAAGAAUAUUAAUGUAACCAACGGUGAUAAUGAGGACCUGCUUCAAGAGCUGUCUUCAAUUGAGAGUUCCUACACAGAAUCAUUAAGUGAACUAAGAAGUAGUACCGAAAACCAGGCACAAUCAACACACAAGAUGCCAGUUAGACGUAAUCGAAAAAGUUCAAGCAGCCUUGCACCCUCCGAGGGCAGCUCUGAUGGGGAGCGUACUUUGCAUAGCUUAAAACUAGGAGCUUUACGCAAACUGAGAAAAUGGAAGAAGAGUCAAGAUUGUGUCUCCUCUGAUUCAGAGUUGAGCACAAUGAAGAAAACCUGGGGUAUAAGAAGCAAAUCUUUGGACAGAACGGCACGAAACCCAAAGGCGAACACCCUUGAGCCAGGAUUUAGUUCCUCUGGCUGCAUUAGCCAAACACAUGAUGUCAUGGAAAUGAUCUUUAAGGAACUUCAGGGAAUAAGUCAGAUUGAAACGGAACUUUCUGAACUACGAGGGCAUGUCAAUGCUCUCAAACACUCCAUCGAUGAGAUCUCCAGCAGCGUGGAGGUUGUACAAAGUGAAAUUGAACAGCUUCGUACGGGCUUUGUCCAGUCUCGGAGGGAAACCAGAGACAUCCAUGAUUAUAUUAAGCACUUAGGUCAUAUGGGUAGCAAGGCAAGCCUGAGAUUUUUAAAUGUGACUGAAGAAAGAUUUGAAUAUGUUGAAAGUGUAGUGUACCAAAUUCUGAUAGAUAAAAUGGGGUUUUCAGAUGCACCAAAUACUAUUAAAAUUGAAUUUGCACAGAGGGUAGGACAUCAAAGGGACUGUCCAAAUGCAAAGCCUCGACCCAUACUUGUAUACUUCGAAACCCCUCAGCAAAGGGAUUUUGUCUUAAAAAAAUCAUACAAACUCAAAGGAACAGGAAUCGGAAUUUCAACAGAUAUUCUCACUCAUGACAUCAGAGAAAGAAAAGAGAGAGGGAUACCAUCCUCCCAGACAUAUGAGAGCAUGGAUAUAAAGCUGUCUACUCUGGAGCCCAAAAUCAAGAACAAUUGGCAGUCGCCCGAUGUCAGUGAUGGAGAGCUGGAAUCUGACCUCAAUAGAAACGUUUAUGCUGUGCUUUCCAAGUCAGAGUUUCAAACAAAAGGAAGUUCUUCCAAGUCAAGCUCAAAGUCUCACAACUCUAGAUCCAAGAAUAAAACUGCUAAUGGCAGCAAAAUUAAAAAUAAAUCAGAUUAUGAUAAAAUUUCCUCACAAUUGCCACAAUCGAAUAACUUGGAAAAGAAAACCACAACCCAUUAUGCAGAUGCAGCACCCCUGUGGCAUUCCCAGAGUGAUUUUUUCACUGCUAAACUUAGUCGCUCUGAAUCAGAUUUUUCCAAAUUAUGUCAGUCUUACUCAGAGGAUUUUUCAGAAAACCAGUUUUUCACGAGAACUAAUGGAAGCUCCCUCCUGUCAUCUUCGGACCGAGAACUCUGGCAGAGGAAACAGGAAGGCACGCCUAAUUUGUAUGACAGUCCCCAGGACCAGCAUUUGAAUGGGAGUAUUCAGGGUAUCCAAGAACAAAAUGAAAUUGAGAACACAGAAACUGUGGAUAGUGGAAUGAGUAAUGGCAUGGUAUGUGCCUCUGCAGACCAAAGUCAUUACAGUGACUCACAGCUCUCUUUUCAUGAAGAUCUUUCCCCAUGGAAGGAGUGGAAUCAAGUAGAGCAAGGAGCUGAUUUAGGCUUGGAUUCGUCCACCCCGGAAGCUUUUAACUAUGACCAACAGCUGGAUGUUUACAAUAAAGACCUAGAUGACUUGGGAAAGUGCCAUAGUGACCUUCAUGAUGACUCUGAGAGCUAUGAUUUAACUCAAGAUGACAACUCAUCUCCUUGUCCUGGACUGGAUAAUGAAACACAGGGUCGAUGGGCUGGUCUGUAUGAUUCUUAUCAGGAAGCUAAUUCUAAUGAACUGUACCAAAAUCAAAACCAGUUGUCCAUGAUGUACAGAAGUCAAAGUGAAUUGCAAAGCGAUGAUUCAGAGGAUGCCCCACCCAAAUCUUGGCAUAGUCGAUUAAGCAUUGACCUUUCCGAUAAGACUUUCAGCUUUCCAAAAUUUGGGUCUACUUUACAGAGGGCUAAAUCAGCCUUGGAAGUGGUAUGGAACAAAAGUACACAAAGUCUCAGUGGCUAUGAGGACAGUGGCUCCUCCUUAAUGGGGAGAUUUCGGACAUUAUCCCAAUCAACUGCAAAUGAAUCGAGUACCACUCUUGACUCUGAUAUCUACACAGAACCCUAUUACUAUAAAGCAGAGGAGGAGGAGGACUACAGUGAACCAGUGGCUGACAAUGAAACAGAUUAUGUAGAAGUGAUGGAACAAGUCCUUGCUAAAUUAGAAAACAGGACUAGUAUUACUGAAACAGAUGAACAAAUGCAAGAAUAUGAUCACCUUUCAUAUGAAACUCCUUAUGAAACCCCACAAGAUGAGGGUUAUGAUGGUCAGGCAGAUGAUAUGGUUAGUGAAGGGGGACUGCAGCCAUUAAAUGAAACAUCAGUGGAAAUGGAAAUAAGAGAAGAUGAAAACCAAAACAUUCCUGAAGAGCAAGUGGAAAUCAUAAAGCCAAAGCAAAUUUGUCCUUCUUUUAAAGAAGCAGCUUUAAAAGCCUAUAAGAAGCAAAUGGCAGAGUUGGAAGAGAAGAUCCUGGCUGGAGAUAGCAGUUCUGUGGAUGAAAAGGCUCGAAUAGUAAGUGGCAAUGAUUUGGAUGCUUCCAAAUUCUCUGCACUCCAGGAGUGCGGGGGGGCUGGGCGUGGACUUUAUGGUAUUGACAGUAUGCCAGAUCUCCGUAGAAAAAAAACUUUGCCUAUUGUCCGAGAUGUGGCCAUGACCCUGGCUGCCCGAAAAUCUGGACUGUCCCUGGCUAUGGUGAUUAGAACCUCACUAAACAACGAGGAACUGAAAAUGCAUGUUUUCAAGAAGACCUUGCAAGCAUUGAUCUACCCCAUGUCCUCUACCACCCCGCACAAUUUCGAGGUCUGGACGGCUACUGCACCCACCUACUGUUACGAGUGUGAAGGGCUCCUGUGGGGCAUUGCCCGCCAAGGCAUGAAGUGCUUGGAAUGUGGAGUGAAGUGCCACGAAAAGUGUCAGGACCUCCUAAACGCUGACUGUUUGCAGAGAGCAGCAGAAAAGAGUUCUAAGCAUGGUGCUGAAGACAAGACUCAGACCAUCAUUACAGCCAUGAAGGAAAGAAUGAAGAUCAGAGAGAAAAACAGGCCAGAAGUGUUUGCAGUAAUUCAGGAAAUGUUUCAGAUUUCUAAGGAAGAUUUUGUGCAGUACACAAAGGCAGCCAAACAGAGUGUGUUGGAUGGGACAUCUAACUGGUCAGCAAAAAUAACUAUUACAGUGGUUUCUGCUCAAGGCUUGCAGGCAAAAGACAAAACAGGGUCAAGUGACCCAUACGUUACUGUUCAGGUUGGAAAGAACAAAAGAAGGACCAAAACAAUUUUUGGAAACUUGAAUCCAGUAUGGGAUGAGAAGUUUUAUUUCGAGUGCCAUAACUCCACAGACAGAAUCAAAGUCAGAGUGUGGGAUGAAGAUGAUGACAUUAAAUCCAGAGUCAAGCAACAUUUCAAAAAAGAGUCAGAUGAUUUUCUGGGACAAACAAUUGUAGAAGUAAGAACCCUGAGUGGAGAAAUGGACGUCUGGUACAACUUAGAGAAACGGACAGAUAAAUCAGCUGUAUCUGGGGCCAUUCGAUUGAAAAUCAACGUGGAAAUGAAGGGAGAGGAGAAGGUUGCUCCAUACCAUGUACAGUACACGUGUCUACAUGAGAAUCUGUUCCAUUACUUGACUGAAGUGAAAUCUAAUGGUGGAGUGAAAAUCCCAGAGGUCAAAGGAGAUGAAGCCUGGAAGGUUUUCUUCGAUGAUGCUUCCCAAGAAAUAGUGGAUGAAUUUGCUAUGCGUUACGGGAUUGAAUCCAUUUAUCAAGCAAUGACGCACUUUUCCUGUCUGUCAUCUAAAUAUAUGUGCCCUGGUGUCCCUGCCGUCAUGAGCACCUUGCUGGCUAAUAUAAAUGCUUUCUAUGCUCACACAACGGUUUCGACAAAUGUACAGGUUUCUGCCUCAGAUCGAUUUGCUGCUACCAAUUUUGGUAGAGAAAAAUUCAUAAAGCUUCUGGACCAGUUGCACAACUCUUUAAGGAUUGACCUGUCAAAAUAUAGGGAAAAUUUUCCCGCCAGCAAUGCUGAAAGACUGCAAGACCUGAAGUCAACUGUUGACUUGUUAACAAGUAUCACCUUUUUUAGGAUGAAGGUUCUGGAGCUUCAAAGCCCUCCCAAGGCCAGCAUGGUUGUGAAGGACUGUGUCCGGGCUUGCCUGGAUUCUACGUACAAGUACAUUUUUGACAAUUGCCAUGAACUCUAUUCCCAACUGACAGACCCGAAUAAGAAACAGGACAUUCCUCGGGAAGAUCAAGGACCAACCACCAAGAAUUUGGAUUUUUGGCCCCAACUUAUUACACUGAUGGUCACUAUUAUUGAUGAGGAUAAAACCACCUACACGCCUGUCCUGAAUCAGUUUCCUCAAGAACUGAACAUGGGAAAAGUAAGUGCUGAAAUUAUGUGGACCCUUUUUGCUCAGGAUAUGAAAUAUGCACUAGAAGAACACGAAAAGCAGCGGUUAUGCAAGAGCACCGAUUAUAUGAAUUUGCAUUUCAAAGUGAAAUGGUUUUAUAACGAGUAUGUGCGAGAACUUCCUGCCUUCAAGGACGCCGUUCCCGAAUACUCCUUGUGGUUUGAACCUUUUGUCAUGCAGUGGCUAGAUGAAAAUGAAGACGUGUCAAUGGAGUUCCUUCAUGGUGCACUGGGAAGAGACAAAAAAGAUGGAUUCCAGCAGACAUCGGAUCACGCCCUCUUCUCUUGCUCAGUGGUCGAUGUGUUUGCUCAGCUUAAUCAGAGUUUUGAGAUUAUUAGGAAGCUGGAAUGCCCAAAUCCUGAAGCAUUGUCUCACUUAAUGAGGAGAUUCGCAAAGACUAUUAAUAAAGUCCUGCUCCGGUAUGCCGCUAUUGUAUCAAGUGAUUUCAGUUCACAUUGUGAUAAGGAAAAUGUGCCCUGUAUCUUGAUGAACAAUAUUCAACAAUUGCGAGUCCAGCUGGAAAAAACGUUUGAAUCCAUGGGAGGGAAAGAGCUAGAUCCUGAAGCUAGUACUGUUCUCAGAGAACUUCAGGUUAAACUCAGCGGGGCUCUCGAUGAGCUCAGCAUCACUUAUGGAGAAAGUUUCCAGCUUAUAAUUGAACAGUGUAUAAAACAAAUGAGUUUUGAACUAAAUCGAAUGAGAUCAAAUGGAAAUACCACAUGUAAUAAGAACAGUGCAGCAAUGGAUGCAGAGAUUGUGUUAAGACCACUCAUGGACUUCUUGGACAAAACAUUAAGUCUUUCGGCAAAAAUAUGUGAGAAAACAGUUCUGAAACGAGUUUUAAAGGAACUAUGGAAGCUAGUUCUUAACAAAAUAGAAAAACAAAUCGUUCUCCCUCCUCUGACUGAUCAAACCGGACCCCAGAUGAUUUUCAUCGCAGCUAAAGAUCUUGGACAGUUAUCUAAACUGAAGGAGCACAUGACUCGAGAUGAUGCCAAGGGUCUGACACCAAGACAGUGUGCUGUAAUGGAGGUGGUUCUGGCUACCAUCAAGCAAUACUUUCAUGCAGGAGGAAAUGGCCUGAAAAAGAAUUUCUUGGAGAAAAGCCCAGAUCUUCAGUCUCUGAGAUAUGCUCUCAGUCUUUACACCCAAACUACUGAUGCCUUGAUAAAGAAAUUCAUAGACACUCAGACUUCACAGAGUCGCUCCUCCAAAGAUGCAGUAGGUCAGAUAUCUGUUCAUGUGGAUAUCACUGCCACCCCAGGAACUGGAGAGCAAAGAGUCACUGUCAAAGUGAUUGCUAUUAAUGACCUAAACUGGCAGACCACAGCAAUGUUCCGCCCAUUUGUGGAAGUUUGUAUACUGGGACCCAAUCUUGGAGACAGAAAGAGAAAACAAGGCACAAAGACAAAAAGCAAUACGUGGUCGCCAAAGUACAAUGAAACAUUUCAGUUCAUUGUGAGUAAUGAAAACAGCCCAGGGGCCUAUGAACUUCAUCUCUCAGUUAAGGAUUACUGCUUUGCCCGAGAAGAUCGAAUUAUAGGAAUGACAGUCAUUCAGCUUCAGAACAUAGCGGAAAAGGGAAGUUAUGGAGCGUGGUAUCCUCUUCUGAAAAAUGUCUCUAUGGACGAAACUGGUUUGACUAUCCUUAGAAUCCUCUCUCAGAGGACCAACGAUGAUGUGGCUAAAGAAUUUGUAAGGCUUAAAUCUGAAACAAGAUCUACUGAGGAGAGUGCUUGAAACGAAAACUGCACAAUAUCUUUGAGAAUUCAUAAACUAUAAUUGAUGACUACAUGCAUGUGCAAAUACAUAGGAAUGUUUAUUUCACUAUGUUUCCGUGUUUGCCGGUACUCUAGUACAGUGUCUACAAGGUAUGUGGAAAACCUGCUGAACUUUUAUACCCAUUCUGGUCUUUGGGAAGUAAAUGUUCCAUAAAGUGCCAAAAUUAUGAUGUAAAGUAAAAUAUCAAGAACAUCUUUUAAAAUGUUAAGUUUCAUUACCAAUUUCUCAUCCAUUGAACACACUAGAAAAUAAUUCGUCUUUGGUGUUUGUCCACCAGUUGUCUUUGUUAAAUUAGUUUAUAUUGCCCAUAGAUCAUAAAGCAUUUGUUACUCAAAUUCUGUUUUAUUUAGACUUACCUCAUUGUAGAUGUCUUACAAAUACCCUUUUCUAGUUACUUCUAGAAAGCGUUUGUAAUUUUAUAGUUGCAAAUAUAUUGUGAUGAUUUUUGCAUACAAAAAUAGAAAAGGGAGGAAAUAUUUUAUGCUGACCAGUUUCCAACCUUUCUGAUAUAUCACUGUGAAGAAAUGUUACUAAAGCAAACUAAAUAGCAAUGCUAAAUAGAGUUUGUUAACAAUGUUUGAUAUAUUGAGAAACUUUGUUCUUCAAAACUGCCAAGGUCACAUCACAUUUGUAAAAAAGGUAAGUCGAUGCAUUUGCCAUACCUUGUGUCUCGGCUUUACCAAAUUUCAUUCUUUAGAAAGCCAUAGGGUUAAUGGUUUAGAAAUGGAUGGAGGGAUUGCUUCUUAAAAUUACCUAUGAUAAGUAACUAUCCUGUUAGUGUUUUCUCUCUGACAGUUAUGACUAUCUUUAGUUACUUAGCUCUAUAAUCAGUUCAAUGUUUUCUUUUAAAAAUAUUCAACGACUUAUACUGAAUGCAGCAUUACUAUAUAUCGCACUGGAGCAAAACAUCAUGUUGUCAUCUAUUUAGUGAAAAAUGUAAAAUAAAGCCAAGAAAUUGCUUACAGUUUUUGUAAUUUUUGUUAUUUAUAAGCCCAAAAUGCACCAGAUGUAAUAGGAAAAUAAUACAGCUCAGUACAUAAAAAUACACCUAGGUUGGUUUUUGAAUAUGAAAUAGUCUACGAGUAUUUUGACUUUCUGUAUUUUUGUGGUUUGACUUCCUAGUGUCUGUACCUAAAUACUUGGCUGUAGAACAGUACUUUAUAAUUGUAACUUACCGUCAUAACUGUUAGUGGACUAUCUACACUCAGAAACAAGAACCUGUUAUAAUGGUUGCAAUCUGUGAACAAGCUGGUCUGCUAUGUUAAGAGCACAGCUGAAUAGUGUCAUGACUUUGAGAACUGUUCUGCUUCUGUGCGUGAAAACACAGACCAGUAAGAACAACUAAUUCAUGUUAAAUUGUUAGGCACUUGCUUUGCUAAUGAUUUAUCCAUAUGCAUAGUGUGAUGCGAUCCUUUGGCAUAUGCAUUAAUAAAUGGAUGUAUA